AUGGAAGACCUUUAUGUGGCAAACACAAUCUUUGCCCUCAACUUCUUCAAGCAUCUGGCAAGAACAAGCCCCACCCAGAACCUCUUCUUUUCUCCGUGGAGCAUCUCAUCCACCAUGGCCAUGGUCUACCUGGGCUCCAGAGGCAACACAGAAGACCAGAUGGCCAAGGUGUUUCAGUUUGACAAAGCUGAAGUCAAUGAAGUCACCUCAGUGACCCCAGACAACUUCACUGGUUGCCAAUUCAUGCAGCAGAUCCAGAAGGGUACUUAUCCUGAUGCUAUUUUGCAGGCACAAGCUGCAGAUAAAAUCCAUUCAUCCUUCCGCUCUCUCAGCUCUGCAAUCAAUGCAUCCACAGGGGACUUUAUAUUGGAAAGUGCCAAUAAGCUGUUUGGAGAGAAGUCUGUGGGAUUCAAGGAAGAAUACAUGAAACUCUCUAAGAAAUAUUACUCUACAGAACCCCAAGCAGUAGACUUCCUAGAAUGUGCAGAAGAAGCCAGAAAAAAGAUUAAUUCCUGGGUUAAUACUCAAACCAAAGGUAAAAGCAUGAAAAUAUUUUCUUUCCUUCUUUCCACUUAGAAACCUCUAAUGUAUUUUUUUAAAACCAUCCUUGAACUUAACUCUCACCCCCUUAAAAUUUGUCCAACUAAGCGCACACCUGUACAGAUGAUGUACUUGCAUGGAAGUCUGAACAUUGGAUACAUAGAAGACCUAAAGGCUCAGAUUCUAGAACUCCCUUAUGCUGGAGAUGUCAGCAUGUUCCUGUUGCUUCCAGAUGAAAUUGCUGAUGGCUUGAACUCCACUGGCUUGGAGUUGCUGGAAAGUGAAAUAACCUAUGACAAACUCAACAAGUGGAUCAGUCAAGAUGGGAUGGCUGAAGAUAACGUUGAAGUCUACAUCCCCCAGUUCAAAUUAGAAGAGCAUUAUGAACUCAAAUCCAUUCUGAGAAGCAUGGGCAUGGAAGAUGCCUUCAACAAGGGCCAGGCCAAUUUUCUAGGAAUGUCAGAGAGGAAUGACCUGUUCCUUUCUGAAGUCUUCCAUCAAGCCACCGUGGAUGUUAACGAGGAGGGCACCGAGGCAGCUGCUGGCACCGGGGGUGUUAUGACGGGGAGGACUGGUCAUGGAGGUCCACAGUUUGUGGCAGAUCAUCCUUUCCUCUUCCUUAUCAUGCACAAAAUAUCGAAAAGUAUUUUAUUUUUUGGCAGAUUUUCCUCACCUUAA